GUCAAACGUCAAAAACAGCAACAAUUUUCGCUGUGUAUCUUCCCAUGUAACGAGUUUUUGAUAAUUAUUAUUUUUCGUUUUGUUUAGUUUGUCUAGAAUUUAAUGUAAAUAUAAAUUCUUAACAUUUGCAACAUGAUUGAGGAAAAUAUAACAGUGAGCGAUAACUCGGAUUUAGAGGAUGGCGGAAAUCCAGAACUUCGCGGAUACCUGAGUAAAUGGACAAAUUACAUUCACGGUUGGCAGGACAGGUUUAUUGUUUUGAAGGAUUCUACUUUAUCGUACUACAAGAGUGAAUUGGAGAGUAAUCUUGGAUGCCGUGGUGCCUUAUGCCUGAAGAAAGCCAAAGUCAAGCCUCAUGAAUUUGAUGACUGCAGAUUUGAUGUGUCUGUAAAUGAUUGUGUCUGGUACUUGAGAGCGACUAGUCCCGAAGAAAAACAGCAAUGGAUUGAUGUUUUGGAAUCAUUCAAAGUGGACAAUAAUGUUAAUAAUAAAGACAAAAACAACAUCACAAUACGAAUAGCAAGAGUACCAACAGAUCAAGUGGAAUCAGGUUAUGGGACAAGCUCAGACAGCAGUUCUAAUGGAGGAGGCUUGCGAAGACAUGGCUCUGUUACUUCCUUGCAGUCAACUGGCUCUCAUGGCCGUACAACUCGUCGUCUCGCCGAGAAGAUCGCAGAGUUGGACACAUACAACGAACUGCUUUCGAAGCAAGCCAUCCAGUUGCAACAAUACUUCGAUAUGUGCGUCGCUGCUUACCCACAGAUCAACGAUGAUGCCUCUGAAGCCAUUGAUGCUGUUAAACUGGCUGAUGGUAACGACCUAAACUUGCACGUGGGCGAGGUGCGGGCAACGAGUGCUUCAUUCCGCGCAACAUGUGGCGCCACUAUCGCUACACUGCAGCACUGCGCUGAACUGCUCCGGCGCAGGGAGAAACAAGCCAGACAGGCUGAGGAACUGUAUAUGGCCUUGAAGAAUCAGCUGACAGAAGCAAGGUUGGCAUCGAAACCAGGGCCAGAUCACGAGGAGGGUCCUCACUCCACACUGCCAGACGACGAGUUCUACGAUGCAGUGGAGACAGGGUUCGACAAGAUGGAGGAGGAGCGGUGUGCACGCGUGGUGCCGCCUAGCGUCCACACGAGGGACCAGGUGGAGCUGCCACCGCCGGCCAUUGACAACAGACUUACCGUGCAUCCUUUAUGGCCUGAGAUCGACAGGAUAUCAACGGAACAGAUCCAAGCCGCGUUCGAAGGUGUGGGCGGUGAGAUAGGAUGGCAGUUGUUCGCCGAGGAGGGCGACAUGAGGAUGUACAGGAGGGAGAUGGAGGUGGACGGCAUGGUGACGGACCCGCUGAAGGCGAUGCACAAGGUGCGCGGAGUCACUGCGCGCGAGAUGUGCCACUACUUCUUCAACCCACGCUACCGAUACGAGUGGGAGACUACCCUGGAAACGAUGACGAUAGUGGAGGAGAUAGCGUCAGACUCGCUGGUGUUCCACCAGACGUUCAAGCGGAUCUGGCCAGCCUCGCAGCGGGACGCGCUGUUCUGGUCCCACGUCCGGCAGUCCAGCGAGAACACGUACGCUGUCACCAACCAUUCCACCACGAAUGCUGAUUAUCCGGCGAACAACGGCGCGUGUAUCCGUCUGUUCGUGACGGUGUGCCUGGCGUGCCACACGACGUACCCGGCCGGGGAGACUCCCACGCGGGACAACAUCACCACCAGCAUCGCUUACUGCAGCACUGUAAACCCAGGAGGCUGGGCCCCGGCCGGCGUGCUGCGCGCAGUAUACAAGCGCGAGUAUCCCAAAUUCCUGAAGCGGUUCACCAGCUACGUGGUGGAGCAGUGCCGCGGCAAGCCCAUCGCCAUCUAGCGGCAACUACUCGCAACAUGGCGCUACACGUGACUUAUACAACACGUACACGCACUACUACGCGUACCUUCGAAUAAUUUAUACUUCUCAGUCAAACGCCUGACUUCUUCUAUCUCUUCGUCGGAACUGAGAACUAUUCAUACCGAAGUGUAGUGCAAUUAGACGUUAAAUAGGUGUUAUAUAAUGUUAAAGGUUUUAUUCAGGGUGGAGUUAGGAUUCCCGUUUCAUUGUACUCCGUUAAAUUAUACUUUCUUCGCGAUCUCUGUACCGUCCCGGUCUGGCAUUCACACAAAACUGCUGGAACAUUUUUCGUUUGAAAACAGACUCGGGCCCAGCAGUUCGAAUUGAGAUUCUUUUUUACUGUCAUUGUCUAAGACGAGAGAGAUAACGUCAUACGUCAACUGUGCGUUAGACAGAGAGCAAACGUCGUGUCCGCCUGUUAUACGCUAAAUAUCUUGUUCAUUUAACAUCUUAUCUAACAGUACUUGUGUAUAAAAAGAUUGAAAUAAUCGUGCUGGAUAAGAUUUCGUUGCUAAACACGUAUAUGAUCAAAAUAUUUUCAAUUGGUGUUAUGUCGGAUAAAUGUUUAAUUUCUACGUUAUUUCUGUCUAUAUGUAGAACACCUUCGAUAAUCGACAAUAAAUUCGUGUCGAAUGUAAAGUUCCCAUUAAUAAAUGUAAAUCGUACUUUAAUGUGUAAUUAGAACACUCUGUAUGAUAUAUAAUAUAUGUAUCUACUAUGUCAUUGGGUGUUAUGGUAAUUAUGAUAAAAUUUAUACAACGUAAUUCUAUAAAUAAAAUGUAUUCAUUAUAACGAAUCUAUAUAUAAAUGGGGGCUAAAGUUUUCUUAUUCACUAGAUGGCCCAAAUGUAGAAGGGGUUUUUGUUCAAUUACAGCAGCUGUCAAAUAUUGAACGUCCAAUGGUAACACUAGCUAAUUCCCUAUUGGACGAAGAACGCGCUCACACUAGCGCCAUCUAGUGAACGCGGUUGGCACCAUUGUUCUAAAUUAAAAGCGAUGUUGUGAAAAGAUAUUUGUAAAGCACUUUUGACUGCUAUUUGUUCGUUCAUUUUCUUCGAUUAAAUAACACGGUAUUGGUAAGGCUGUACACUUAACUGUAGUGAGUAUUGAAGCUUUUAUUGUGAAAAUAUAUGAGAGAAUAAUACUUCGACUGUAUAUUGAUAGUGUACAUGCAUUAAACAUAGGAUAUGAGAACUGUUAAAAGGACUAAGUAAGAGUGACACUCAAGCUUGGUUUUCUUACCGACUGAUGUAAAACUUGUCUAUAAAAGUCUUUGUAAAUACUUACGCGUCGGAUGGGUACUGUAGAUAACAUAUUUCUUCAAUUCACAAAUUGUAAAACAAGGAAUCUCUAGCGAAAAUUCUUUUCGAUGCGCGUGCAAGUACCUGACGUAGUGUCACGCCGAUAUGAACCUUAUGGCUGAACAAUGUUAUACUAAUUAUUGAAAAGAUUUUAUAGCAAGCAUGUUUUUGUCUACGGAAGAUUAGUACUUAUCUUUUAUAGAAGGACUUGGAAUGUUUUUGAUGAAGAGGGUAAUAUUCGGGUGGUGAUAGUUGUAUGUGUUCAGUUAGAUAGUUCGCGAAAGAAAACAUGUACUUUUGCACUUUCUGGGCUGUGAACUCGGGAAGCGAGCCCGGUCAAUCAAAAUGACAUCAAAACCUAAAAAAAAUAAGGUCCAAAGUCCUUUGAAUGUGUCCCCGUUCGUGUUUCUCGAGGUCACGGCCCCAAAUCCAUUUCAUGUACAGGGUGGAACUAAAUAAUUGUAGUUCUUAAUAUUAUAUCAACUAUGUUAUUUCGGUUUUUGACCAAAUAAAUUUCCUUGUCGCUUAAAUUUAAUGUGACACAAUUUUAUUUAAAUAUUUCAUUAAUUAUUAUUGUUACCGGAAUUGACAUUUUUAAUUGUUAAAUGUAUGAUUAUUUGUUGUAAAAUUGAAUGUAUUUGAGUCGUUUGUUUGGUCAAAACUUAAUUUUGCACGAAUUUUGAUAGUGUUACUUGCGUCGUACUGUCUAUUAUUUUAAUUACUUUGUAUGCAAACUUCCAUUCCAGCUUUUUGUAUCGAAUAUCUGAUUUUGUAUACAUUUUAAAUUAGGUUUAAUAAAUGGUUACUUGAAUGAACUUCAAAUAUAUAGUAUUGUACAGAAUUUCACGUUUUGUCUCAAAGUUAAUAUAUUAUUUGCUGUUAUGUGACGGUGAACUGGUAACUUUUUUGUUCGACGUAGUAAAAAAGUUAACAGUGACGUCACGUCCUUAAUGAAAAAGUUAAACGUGAGCGGAAGUGUAAGGAAAUUGCAUUUAUAAUACCGCAAUGUUGCAAUUGUAUUAAGUUCAUAUAACUUAAUGUGUUUUUUUAAUAAUUAUUGUUUAUAAUAAAAUGUUUUAUGGACA